UCUUGUUUUUUUUUUUUUUUUUUUUUUAAUGUACUUAGGUCUGACGCAACACAAAUUUGUACUCUCUGAUCAGGUGCGAACACCAGACUAAAAAGUGUGUUGGGUGUUAGGUGCCAAAAGUUGUAGCACAAUCGAAUUACAGCCCCUUUCACCAGCAUCAGCGCGAGUUGUCUAACGUUCUAGCUUGGAGUAAGUCUGUUUCCUGACAAGAUUUAUCGUUGCUUCUUGAGUGUUGAGAGACAGCCAAUAAAUUCUACCUAGAUCUAGUCAUCAGAAGGAGCAAUCUGGCCUGACAAAAUAUCGCAGUAGCCUACGGUUCGAAUCAUCUCUGAGGAGAUAGACUUCAACAUGCCUGUAAUUCGUGUCAAUUGUAACAGCACUAUCAAUAAUGGAACAGUGCAGUUUAUAAUCAACGUAAGCCAAACCUUACCAGAAGCAAACUCGACUCAUAUUCAUGAUUCCGAAGGAGCCCUCAGAUUCACUAUUGCAGUAGUAUUAGUCUAUGGUAUUGGAGUCAUUGGUCUACUGGGGAUCUCUGCCCGCAGAAACAGGAGAAUGGAGGCCAUGGACAAAGAAGUCAAUAAAUUCAUCAAAAGCAAACUCUCCAAAUACGAAGAAAGAAAAACAAGGAGGCCAAAAACAAUUAACAAGCUGAUUUCAUCUUUACAUUCAAUCAUACAGACAGAAGAAUCACUGCAUACAGUCAUGACUAAAUCAGGUCAAAACCAAGCCAAAAAGAACUUUCCACUCAAAAAAGCUUACACCUGGUCAAGCAGAACACAGGAGUCUUUUGACCCACUAGGACUGCAGCUUCACAUUACCAGCUGCAAAGAACCCAAUAGAUCAGCAGUCUCCAAUUCCAUUAGCCAGAACAAGAGCCUUGAAGAAACUUUACCAUUGAACACCCCAAGUCAAAAGAAAGUGACAUUUACAAAAAUGGACUCCACAGAGGGUAUGCUUGUCUCAUCAGUAUGACAUCAUUGAUGGUAAAGUGUUUACUAUAGCCAUUUAUCACAUGGCGAUGGAAACAUUAUUUCACCUAUUUCAAUAGACAGUUCUGUUCCAAUAAAAAGUGAGUGCUA